AUGGGCCUUCACGUCAACAAGGCCAAAACCGCUCCUCAAAUGGUCCACCUUGAGACCAACGGCGCAACAAUAAUUCAGGCCGCCCCAACUCAAGCCAAAGAGGCUUCCAGCCCAAGAACAUCUGAUGGUCAAGAAAACAAAUGGUUAAUUGACUCCGCAGCUUCCCACAAUAUUACAGGUGAUAUACAAAAUUUAUCCAUUCACUCUGAGUAUGAUGGCACUGACGAAGUCAUUCUUGGAGAUGGUACAGAGACAGGUCUUACCUUGCUUCAUAAUGCUUCCUUACCACUCUCUUAUUGGCCUCAUGCAACUGUCGAGGUGGAAAUAUCAGAGGAUAUGCAAUUGGUGCAUUUUGACUUCAACAGUACCCCAUUUGAGCUCCAUGAUGACAACUACGUUCUAAAGGCAAUGAAAUUUUGUGAAAAACCACAGAUUGAUGAUAUGGCGCACAAUCUCUCUGCAGAUGGAGGUGAAGGUUCUAGCAUGUCAGGCAUGUAUCAACCACAGAUCCCCUUUCCUUCAAUGUCAAACACAGCGGUUAGGCCUCCCACCUCACCGCCUCUUCCUGGAAUACUAAAAGCACGUGUCAAGCAUGAGCAUUAA